AUGACUUUGCCUCCUGGUUUUCAAACCAACAAUCCAAAGAUGGUGAGCAGGUUGCUUAGGUCAUUGUAUGGAUUAAAACAGGCCAGCAGGCAAUGGAAUGCCAAGCUAACAAAGGCAUUGAUAGACAAUGGCUUCCAACAGUCUAUGGAAGAUCCCUCUUUGUUUACUAAGGGUUCAAGUACCUCUUUUGUUGCAUUGCUCAUUUUUGUAGAUGAUAUAUUGGUUGCAGGUCCAAACUCAAAAUUGAUUGAUGACUUGAAGCAGUUUCUGGAUAAAGUUUUCAGAAUCAAAGAUCUUGGCCAUUUGAGCUAUUUUUUGGGGAUAGAGGCUCUCAGAACUUCAGAUGGUCUGAAUCUCAGUCAAAGGAAGUACACCUUAGAGAUUUUAAAGGAAAAUGGCUUCAUAGACUCUAAACCAGCACAAACACCCAUCACUGCAAGGCACAAACUAACAAACAUGGAGGGAAGACUGCUUGAAAAACCUGAAAUAUAUAGAAGAUUGGUAGGAAAGCUUCUUUACUUAACCAGUACCAGACCUGACAUUGUAUAUGCUACACAACAGUUGAGUCAAUUUGUUGACAAGCCUAGGGACUCACAUCUUGUUGCAACCCAUAGAGUGUUGAGAUACCUCAAGGGUUCUCCUGGAAAAGGGUUGUUUUACUCUACAAAGUCUCACUUUAAACUAAAAGCUGGAUUUUUCAGAUUCAGAUUGGGCCACUUGUGCAGAAACAAAGAGGCAAAGAAACAAGCCAUUACUUCCAUAUCUUCAUCUGAGGCUGAGUACAGGGCUCUAGCUUCUUCUGUUUGUGAAAUCCAAUGGUUGUUAUACUUGCUAUCAGAUUUGAAAGUGAUUUAUGACAGUCCUAGUGUUCUGUAUUGUGAUAAUCAAUCUGCUAUAGCAAUUGGAGAGAAUCAUGUCUUUCAUGAGCUCACUAAACAUAUAGAGAUUGAUUGUCAUGUAGUCAAACAAAAGGUGUGUGAAGGAGUGGUUAAACUUCUGCCUAUUUCUUCACAGAGACAAGUUGCAGAUGGAUUCACUAAGGGAUUACCAAAGCUGAGUUUUGAUGCUUUCCAUGCUAAGCUGGGACUUCAAGAUGUUCAUUCUCCAGCUUAUGCAGGGGGGGGGGGGGGGGGGACAAAGUAA